GCUUUUCCAGCCAAUAUGGUUCUGUGAUUCUGAGAUGUGCCCUGUGAGGGUCCUCACCGUGUCCCAGGGGGGUGGUGGGGGCCGGGAGCCCUGUCCUCAGCCCCUGCCAGCUGCAGGUGUUUUUUGGGGCGUGGGAGGCCCUUCACCCUCUUCCAAGCCUAGGUGACCCCCAGCAGACAGAGAACUGAGACCCAGCAGUGCCCCAGGACCAUCCUCAUCUUGGCUGCAGGGAUUUGCCUUUUAGGGUUCAGCACCCUCAUAUCCACCCCUUGUCUGCCAAGCUGAGCUGGUUAAUCCUCAUUUUCAAUAAAAACCCAGCUCUGGGUGAGUAGCACAGUUACUGCUUUCAAAGGAGGCUGCAGGAUUUCCGUGGGUUUCAUCCCCUCUUUUUAUUUUCUGGGGGCUAAAUUUGACCAGUGAUUUUGACCCAAAUGCCAGCAGUUUGGGUCUUGCUGCCCCAGCCACAGUGCAGAGGGCAGGGCGACCGGUGCUUGUGCGGUUCGUGCCGGGUCAGGGAGCCAGGAGGGAAGAGUGGAAGUGAGCACAUUAUCUCUUCCCCGGCACGGGGUGGCCCCGCUUCCCUUUGCUUUGCCUCCAAAGUCCUUUCCCAUUUCUGCUGACUUGGCCCCAGUGUGCGGAAACAGCCUCUUGUGACACCUUCCCGUCCCUGGCGGUGUCCUGGCUCGGCUCGGCUGGGCUCUGCCUGUCUCUGCCGGGCUGACAGCCGUGCUGUGCCGUGCCACCACCCCGCUCUGGCAUGUGGCUGCUCCUCAUCCUGCUGCAGGCUGCGGUCCUGCCUGCCCAGCUCUGCGAAGCCCCAGGGGAGGUGGCAGCAGUGCAGGCGCUGAGCGCCCGGCUGCUGGGGCUGUCAGCGGACCCAGCGCGGGACCCCGACCCCAGCGUCUACCUGGCCCUUCGCCUGGGCACCGACCACGACCUGCGUGGGGAGGAGCGGUACCUGGCGCGGCUGCAGGAUGCCUUCCAGCACCGCUAUGGCCGGAGCCUGCAGGCAGCCAGCCGGCCCCACUCUGCGCCCCACAGCCAUCCCCAGAGGGACGCUGCGGCCACCCAGCACAGCACGAGCGCCGAGGUGGAGUGGCCAGAGACAGGGCGACUGGCUCUGUACCUGCUGGGGCUACGGGCCACUUGUCCCCCACCGGAGCCUGGUCCCCAGCGCUCACUGGUGACAUGGCUGAAGUAUUACCUGGAGGAGGACUGGGCAGGCUCCCGGCGGCAUGGCCACCCCCUCACCAGUUACUACCAGUACAGCCUGGGCGUGCUGGCACUGUGCGUCCACCGCAAGCGGGUGAGGGAGGAGGUGAUCCGCCGGCUCCUGGUGGCUGAACACCAUGGCAGGUUUGGGCACACCAGCGGCAGCGCCGUGGACACGGAGGCGGUGGCAGCGCUGGCCUUCGCCUGCCUGCAGCGGGAGCGGCUGGUGGGGGCCAGGUUGUCGGCGGAGCUGGGGGCAGCCACGCGUGCGGUGAGGAGGAGGAUGGUCGAGGCGCAGGGCCAGGAUGGCUUCUUCGGCAACAUCUACAGCACCCCGUGGGCCAUGCAGGUCUUCAUCGCUACUGACACGUGCCGGACGCAGCCAGCAUAUAGCCGGGCCAUGGCUGCGCUGCUGGGGCACCUGGACGCAUUCAGCACCGCCGCGACCAUGGCCCAGGUGCUGCCGGUGCUGCACGGCCGCUCGUACCUGGACAUCGCCUCCAUGCGCUGCCAGGAGGAGCUGGGUAGGAGCCAGGGUGGUGCAGGGACGUGGCGGGGUGCUGACAUGGCAUUGGCACAGAUGCCACCGUGGUGGUGGCUUGGUGUCUGUCAGUGCCAUGGUGGUUUCCUUCUCACAGACACGCUGUCGCCCAUCAGCCCUGAGCCGCUGACCGAGAUGCCAGGGAACAUGACGGUGCGGCUGGUGGUGGAGUGCCCCAAGCCGUCGUGUCCCCAGCACCGGCUCUACGACCAGCCGGUGCCCGUGUCUGCUGGCGCCUCCCUCCUGGAUGUACUCAGGGCAGCCACCACGCAGGAACCCCACGACUUCACGUUUGACACCCAGGACACCCCCCAGGGCCCCUUUCUGAGCAGCGUGCUGGGGCUGGAGGCCCGGCAGCAGAAGCGGAACUACUGGCAGCUCCUCACUGCCCCCAGCACCAGCCUGCAGAUGGGUAUCGCUGACUACAGACCUCGCGACGGGGAGACCCUCAUCCUGCGCCUGAGCGAGUGGUAAAGGGCGGGGGGGCGAUGGCAAUGAAACACCCGCCUUGGGCUCAGGACCUGCUGGCUCCCUGCCUCCUGCUUUCCCUGCGCCCUGCGUGUCAGCACCCCAAAUCCACACGGGGAGGAGGAGCAGGGGGGGCAUGCAAUGCCCUGUGUCCUGCGGGCACGGUGGGAUGGCAACACCCAGACCAGCAGCUCCUCCGGUCCCGGCCCCACCGGGGGAUGGGGCAGGCAGCCACUGGCAGCAGUUGUUUUUGGGGUGCCCAAAGCAGCAUUUCUGGGGAGUCUAAACCAGCGCUGCUUAUCCCCAGCAAGCUGCCAGCCAGGGCUAUUCCCCUCUAUAAAACCCCCGGGGGGAGACCCCCGGCCCUCCCCACUGAGCCCCCAUAUGCCCCCGUGCCACACACAGUCAAGGGUGACCCAAACCUGUGUGAUCCGCCCCCCCGGGGUUUCAUCCAAGCCCAGAGAACACCCGCAGGCAGCGGCGGUGAGGGCAGCCGGGGGAGGCGGUGUCUGGGACGGGGUCUGCCGC